UUCCUCCAGGCCGACAGGGGCGGUAUCGGCUCAUCCUGGUACGCCAACCGACUGUCAUGGCGGCUCCCUGGCGGAGGUUUCUUUCACGGUUGAACUGAACUGACAGAUUAACAUUUCAGAAAUGAGCUAAAAGAAGAACACGUCGGUGUCAGGUAUGAAUGUGAUGACAUCAGUGAUGCGGGGGGCCCGACGGCUCGUCCACGCCGACCCGACUCUUCUGAGCAACUUCCUGCCUGUGCCCCUCUGCUGUCCUGCUCGAAGCUCCGCCCCUCUGCUCACCUGUCACCAGAGCAGGAAGUUUGCCUCCAAACAGGUCAAAGGCGAGAAGAAGCACAAGGUCAAAGCUAAAGUGGACAAACAGGAAGUGGAGAUCAGACAGAGGAUGACGGUGGCGUCUCUCGCUGAGGCCAUGAACAGAGACUGUGAUCACGUGUUUGAGGCUCUGCUGAACACCUCGAUGGAUCUGGAAUCUCUGGAGCCGGACUCGGUCCUGGACGAGAAGUGGAUCAAGGAAGUGGUGACGCGAUCGGGGAUGAAGUUCAGAUACGCCACACUGAGGGAGACCAAACAGAGACCCAACAGAGACGUCCACAGGAGACCUCCAGCAGACCCGUCCAACCUGGUGCCCCGCCCCCCGGUGGUCACCAUCAUGGGCCAUGUGGAUCACGGUAAGACCACCCUGCUGGACAGUCUGAGGAAGAGCCAGAUCGUGUCGAUGGAGGCCGGAGGGAUCACACAACACAUCGGAGCUUUUCUGGUCCAGCUGCCUACAGGUGAGAAGAUCACCUUCCUGGACACUCCAGGUCACGCAGCCUUCUCCUCCAUGAGAGCCCGCGGAGCCAAUGCCACCGAUAUUGUCAUCCUGGUGGUGGCGGCCGAUGAUGGCGUCAUGAACCAGACGAUCGAGUCAAUCCAGCACGCCAGGAGGGCCCAAGUGCCGAUGAUUGUGGCGGUGAAUAAGUGUGACAAGCCACAGGCCGACCCUCAGAGAGUCAAACAGGAACUGCUGGCUCAUGAUGUCGUCUGUGAGGAGUUUGGAGGGGACGUUCAGGCCAUCCACAUCUCUGCUCUCAAGGGCGACAACCUGUUGGCUCUUGCUGAGGCCACGGUGGCGUUGGCGGAGGUUUUGGAGCUGAAGGCAGACCCCAGUGGCCCCGUGGAGGGACUCAUCAUUGAGAGUCGCACCGACAAAGGCAACGGCCCUGUAACAACAGCAGUCGUCCAGCGGGGGGUGCUGAAGCGAGGCUGCAUCCUGGUGGCAGGGAAGAGCUGGGCCAAAGUCCGUUUCCUGUUUGAUGAGAAUGGGCGAGCGGUGAAGGAGGCCAGACCGAGUACUGCGGUGGAGGUGGUCGGCUGGAAGGACCUGCCUUCUGCUGGGGAGAUCAUCCUGGAGGUCGAGUCUGAGAAGCGAGCGAGGGAGGUGGUGGAGUGGAGGACCUAUGAGGAGGAGCAGCAGAAGCUGCAGGAGGAGCAGAGCGCCAUUGAGAUGAAACAGAAGCUACACCUGGAGGAAUACAAGAAGGAAAGGGAGGGGCUAACUCACCUGAGCUGGAGGCAGAGGAAGUCGGCACUGUAUCGAGCCAACAAGGCCAAGUUUGCCGUGAGGCCGAGCGAAAAGGUGCAGCAAGACGAGCUGAACCUGCCGCUCAUCAUCAAAGGUGACACAGACGGGUCGCUGGAGGCCAUCCUGAACAUCCUGGACAGCUACGACGCUCAGCAGCAGUGUCAGCUGGAAGUCGUUCACUUCGGCAUCGGAGACGUUUCAGAAAACGACCUCAAUAUGGCCGAAACGUUCGCAGGUUCGAUUUACGGCUUCAGUGUGGGAGCCAGCAAGUCGAUGCAGCAGCUGGCGUCGCGGCGAGGCAUCCCGCUGCGACUUCACAACGUCAUCUACAAGUUGAUGGAGGACCUGAAGGACGAGCUGAGCAGCAGGCUGCCUCCUCUCGUCUCAGAGAACGUCGUCGGGGAGGCGACGGUUCUCGCCCUGUUUGAUGUCUCCGUGGGGAAGAAGAAGGUUCCUGUCGCUGGCUGUCGCGUUCAGAAAGGCCAGCUGGACCGUCGACUGAAGUUCAGAUUGAUCCGAGGCCGAGACACAGUCUGGGAGGGUUGUCUGGCGGCGCUGAAACACCACAAAGACGACGUUCAGACGGUGAAGGUGGGGGUGGAGUGCGGCCUGUCAGCUGAUGGCGACGCCGACUUCAGACCCGGUGAUGUCGUCGUCUGCUUUGAGGAGGUGGACACACCGCAAGUCACUUCCUGGAACCCCGGCUUCUAAUACUGACUUUUCAUCCCAUCAUCCUCUGCUGCUGGAAACAGGAAGUUCAUAAAGCUGCUGAUGUACAGACUUCCUGUUCAGUGAAUGUAAACGUGAAAUGAAUCAGGACGCGUGACAUCACUUCCUCACUUGGUUCUGGACUUUAUUGGGUACACCUGGACAGUCUAAUCAGAAACGAAUCAGUGAGCUCACACUGUUGACCCUUAAAGGGACAGUUCACCAACUCAAACACGUUUCUGCUGUCACCUGCAGUGCUGCGGAUCGAUCCAGAUGGCAGCGUGACCGUCUGCGUUCUGUUCAGUUUAAUGGAACGAGUGUCCGUCUGCGGUGAGCAGGUUCAUAUAGAAACUCUAAUCACCGCACGUGAGGGUCCACCUCGUUCGUUUGCACUUCAGAGUAGGCCGACGUCAAACUAUUGAUCAGAUGGAUCGACAGCACCGCAGGGAAUAAAUCAAGUAAUGUUAAUAAAGUUUAAACAAAAUAA